GGCACUGCCACAUGUCUGUCCUUGUCCUGCAUCGGUCUUUCUACUUGCAUCUGCAUUCAUUCUACCAUACUAAUACUUUGUUGCGCGCACUGUCGACGUCGGACGUUGAAAGUUUAUCGCAUCACGCAAUACCACCCGACGGGAACGGAUAGUCGAUCGCAACGGUCGCUGAUCACCGAGAAGAACCACCGAAAUCAUGUCUGGUGCACAGGAAAAGCCGCUCAAUGAGCUCCUCUCCCGCUCAAUGGUCGACAUCUACGUCGGCCCCGAAAACACGCACUGGAUUCUCCACGAAAAGCUUCUCUGCCACCACUCGCCCUUUUUCCGCAAGAUUUUCUACUCCAAAUCAAACUCGUCAUCACGCACACAAUCCUUCGGCCUCCCCGAAGAAGAAGAUGCGCCCUUCAAGACCUUCGUCGGCUGGCUCUACUCGUCCUCUCUCCCCGUCCCACGCGAGGAGGCCGACCUAGGCGUCUGCUUCGACCUGUACCUGAUGGCCGAGAAGUUUGAGAUCCCCGGCCUCGUCUCCGACGUCCUGCAAGUGGUUAGGGAAUGGUACAAGUACAGCGACAGCUACCCCGGUCUGCGUCGCGUGCAAUACAUUUACGCAAACACCGAAGACGGAAGCCCAAUGCGACACAUGCUUGUGCACGCCGUCGCCCGCAUGAUGGUCGUUGAAAAGGGUAUUCCAGCGCACUGGGAUAAGGCACUCCGCAAGAACGGACAGCUUGCCGUCGACAUUAUCAAGGCGAUCCAGGACUGGCGUCUCGAGGAGGAAGUUGUGCCUGAUGCGCGUGAGGAGCCCGCCGAGGCCGAGGACCUUGUCGAUGUGGAGCAGGAGACUGCCAAGUUGGAUGACGAGGCGGAGCAGGAGGUUGAUGACGACGUGAGGGCUGAGCAUCUCGAGGAGACUGCCGACGAUACCGAUGAUACGGUUGUUGAGAGCCCGACUAACGAGAACAAACGCCCAAAGCCGACACAGCAGAAGAGUGGGAAAGGUGCGGAUGAUCUCAAGAGCAAGGACAAUGGCCUUGUCAAGGACUUUUCAAAGUUCAGUCUAAAGGAAAUGCCGAAUGAGAUGACUAACGGCGACUAUGGCACUCUUCGCGCGUAAGCUGGGUCUCUUCGCGCCUAUUACCUUUUUAACCUUUUUUGGAUUCAAUUUGCAUGGUUCAUUGCGCGUGUAGGGUUAGGAAGGAUAUAUCCGGCGUUGGGAUCUUGGGGAUUUGGACGUUUCAUCUCUUGUUGGGUUUUCUAUUCAAAAAGAGAAGAUAAUGUCUUAAUACCUUUUUUUGUACGUUUUUAGUCUUUGUAUUAAAUCCGCAAUUGAAACAUCAACAUUGCUCAGUAUGUCGCUUGUGCUCAAUACUAGCUGACUCGGAAA